UCUUCCUCAUCUGGAGGGAUCAUACCUGUGUCGUCCAGCCAGGGUUGCCAUGCAGGCGCAGACAGCCGGGGCGAGGUCAUGACCCUGGAGGGCCAGGUUUCUCGUGUAAACACCAGGGAAAGGCUCGAUCCCGGAGCUGCAAGGCUCCUGAUCUGGUGGAAACAAGACGCGUAGCCGAGUUUAUACUGGUGUUGUCUCCGAGGGAGACGGGUAUCGCCAGCAUGAGUAGAGCUUUGGGGUUGGUGAUGCUCUUCAUGCUUUCUGCAGCAGAGUUUAACGGCCCGUCUCGGCCAGGGAAACCCGUAUGGAUCGAGUGCCGGUCGCCUGAGAAGGAGACGUUCACCUGCCGGUGGCGGCCGGGCUCUGACGGAGGGCUGCCCACCGUGCACCGGCUCUACUACGAGAGAGACGGAUUGAAUGCAAUCCUGGAGUGUCCAGACUACCAAUCGGAGGGAAGCAACUCCUGCUUCUUUGAUAAGAACCACACGUCUCUCUGGGUGGAGUACUCCCUAACAGUUGUGGCCUCCAACGACCUUGGGAACAGCACCUCGGAUCCCCUGAAGAUUGACGUCGCAAAAAUUGUGAAGCCUCACCCUCCUCAAAACGUCACCAUGCUGGUGAAGCAGAAUAACGACAUCCCAUAUCUGCACAUCCGCUGGAAGAAGCCCCCCAAAACUGACAUCAGGUCCGGCUGGGUCACGCUGGAAUAUCAGCUGAGAGUCAAACAGGAAGACAAGGAGUGGAAGAAAAUUGAUCCAGUGAAGGAAACCACGUUAGACUUGUACUCCAUGGUUCCCGGGGCGGCGUACACGGUUCAGGUGCGCUGCAGUGUGGACCACGGCCAGUGGAGCGAGUGGAGCAACAACACCACCGUACAAGUCCCAAACUCUCCUCUGAGUGAGACCUCUCUCAUGCUUCUGGGCUCCAUGCUCUCUUUAAUACCGCUGUUGGCGACAAUCUGCAUCUUGAUCGUGAAGAGGAAAACAGUGAAGCAGUGGCUUCUUCCUCCGGUUCCUGGUCCAAAGAUAAAGGGAGUAGAUGUUCACCUUCUCAAGAGUGGGGGGUCGGAGGACAUCACUAAAGCUCUGAUGGGAGACCAGGCCCUUGUUCCCGCGCCAACGUGGACGGACCAGGCUGAGGAGUAUCUGAUCGUAUCGGACGGCAGUGACUGGCUCCUACCUGACCCCGACACGUCUGGAAAGAAGAAAAAAUGCACCCUCAUUCCUGCCAGCUUCCACUUCCACUCUGAAACCAAAUGUGAGAAGCUGACUUCAGGAAAGAACAGCAGGGAUGAAACGGACCAGUUUGCAACGAGAGCUCGAUCCCAGUCGGAGGAAAACUCCGGGAACGUGGAGCCGCCCGAGCCGACUGCAGAGAGACGUUCGAGCGUCAACUCUGGGGACAAGGAAAACCCCAACCGGUGCAGGACAGGCCCCGGGAACGGCCUCCAAACCCUGGCCAACACCAGCUACGUGGAUAUUCAGGAGCACGUGGACAUGAAGCAGCAGGACUACAGCAGAGUGAAGGAGGUGGACGGCCAGAACGGCGUUGUCCUGGAGAAGGAGAACCCCCCUGUGAGGCCGGGCCUGCAGAAACAGGGGGACGUUGCCGGGGACUACAGCAGGGUCAAGGAGGUGGACAGUGACACGGUGUUCCUGCAGAAGCACCAGGACUCUGCACACCCCGGCCGGGAGAAGGACGACCACGACGCAGAGCGGACUCCCCACAAGCCCAAGAAGCCUCAUGGGGCCCAACUGAGCACAGAGCGGCUUUGCAGCGGAUACGUAGACUCUGUGCCCAACUUUCCUGUCCCGUGAUUGGUUGAGACAUGACCUCAAACAUCCCUCGCGGUCGAUGACACAGCAGACAAUAUUGUAUAUUUUUUUAUGUAACUAGGGAGCGACGUCCCUCUGGAUGCAGACGUCGGUGGGUGCCAGAAGCGUCGCCCCUUCUGCUCAGGUUUUUUAUUUAUCCGUCGUGAUCAGUUGGUGAGGAAACCCAAUCACUUCAACAGCUGUCAAGCUUUUUAGUUUUUAUUUAUGAGGUGGAAGUGGAGUACCUCCACUUCCAAGGAUCGGCAUUAGGGUUGCCACCUUUCAGAAAUAGAAAUAAGGGACACCCCGAUUUCAGCAGCGCAGGGGCCAAAAAAAGGGACAUCCCCCAAACUUCUAAAAUGCAUAGAAAUGUUAGUUAGUUUAUUUCAAUAAUUCAACUUAAAAGGUGAAACUAAUACAUGUACCGUAUUGGCCUGAAUAUAAGACGGUGUUUUUUGCAUUGAAAUAAGACGGUAAAAGUGGGGGUCGUCUUACAUUCGGGGUCUAGACAUUAUACCCAUUCACAACGCUAGAUGGCGCCCGAUAUCUUUAAAGCGAAUGCUGAACUUAACUCCCCAGGCCAAAGCGGACCCCUGUCACGAAGAAGAAAAAUAAAAAAUAGUAUAAGAAAGAAAAGAGAAGAAAAUAAGAGGAGAGAUAACAGAAAGUGGAGAAACGUAGUGACAAUCUGGAGAAAAGUGGGUGAAAGUUCGGCAGGUUAACCGGCAGCUGAGGAGAAGUUAUGAUGCAAACUUCAAGAUGAUGAUUUCAAUGAGGCAAAAUAACAUGCUUUUUCUCUCGAAUAUAUUGUUAUAAUCAUUUGUUUCAGAUGUACUGUAAUUAUUUUCUGUAUAAAAAUUGAAUUUGGUGUUUAAAAAGUCUUUCUUCAAACUUGAGUCUUGAAAAAGAUGGGGUCGUCUUAUAAUCGGGACAAUACGGUAUAUUACAUAGUCUUUACACGCAAAGCAAGAUAUGUUAAGCCUUUUUUUGUUAUAAUUUGGAUGAUUGUUUAUUGAUUUCAUAAUAUAUUCAAAUUUUUUGAGAUUUUUUAUUUCGGGUUUUCAUAAACUGUGAGCCAUAAUCACCAAAAUUAUAACAAAUAAAGGCUUGAAAUAUCUCACUUUGUAUGUAGUGGGACAUAAUAUAUUUGUUUCACCUUAAGUUGAAUUUACUACAAAUGAAGUUUUGCAAUACAUCAAUCAAUAAAUAAGAGAAUAACAUAUGUCCGUAUUGGUUCAAUACGGAACGCGACUUUUAAUUCCCAAUUACGGAACAAUUACGUAUUUCAAGGGACGGGUGGCGACCCUAAUCGGCAUCGAAUUUGACGUUGGAGUUUCCCGGGUGAAGUGGCCGUUAUGUUCCCUGAUGGCAGCGCUGCGCGGCAUGAAGGGACUGCUGGGAAAUGAGGGCAGAUAUUCAUGUAAAGGUUGAAUAGUGAGGACUUUGUUGACGUGCUGGCAGCAACACCGGGGCUAUCAUCAGGUCAAAGGUCAUCCAUGAAACUUCCAGCUGAAAGGCUGCAUGGAAAUGUGUAAAACACCAUGUACACUCCCGCUGCAGCAGCAUGGAGGUGGAGGGUGGAGUGGCGGCUCCUCGGUGGAUAAAUGUCAUUUUGAAACGCUGUACAAAAUAAUCACAAUCUUUUUCUAAUUCAGCAUUACUGUCUUUAUCCUCGACAGCUCUGUUGGCGAUUAAAUUAUUAAAUACUGA